AGCUAAAAGCUCAAAAAGCGAUAAACUAAAGCAAAUUGCGUCCAAAUACGAAAUAAAACGUAGCGACUAAAUACUUUUCCAACUCAAACUACUACUAUAGCUGUUCCGCUUAGAUUGUAGUGUUUGAUCGAUAUAUCUCGUUCUACCAGAUUUCUAAACUUGAAACAUGGAAGAUGAAACAAGCUCCGAUAAUCAGAAAGGAUCUGAAAAUCCCAUGGAUACAGACGAAGGUCCUUUGAUAAAUGAGAACUCCAACGGACUUUCUCAUUUGUUAACAGAGGGCGAAUUUAAUAGUGUCGAUGCUGCUGUUGAUGAGUCGUCGACAUCUAAUCAAUGUUUCUUGAACGCCGUGGAAUUAUCAGCUGGAAGCGCUGGUGACUACCUCGAAAACAACGGCCCUCGCUUCAGUACAGAUUCUUUUGACAUUGGUGAUAAUGCUGUAACUUUUCCCAAUGAUUCUCUAAAUAGCGCAUUGACUGAAGAUAAUUCUAUUCAAAGUGACUCUGCAUCCCACAAAGCAGUUUUAGACACAGACAGUAGGCAGUCUGAAAGUCAACAUGCAACAGAUUCCAAUGUAGGAGAGAUAAAUGAAAACUCUGGCAAUGACUCUAACUUCGCCACUGAGCAUGUAAAUUUAAAUGUGGAUAAAUCAGAGCAAUUGGAAAUUGUUGAGCCAUGUAGCAGUCCAGUAAAAGAUCCAGUGAUUAAGCAGGAUGAAGGCAAAGAGUUUAAAAACCAAAGAGAAGUAGAUGAUAUCAAAGAACAAUCACAAGACUCAGCAAGUAAGAUUGGUGGUGCUGAAGAAACAGAAGUAGUAUCAGAGGAUGAACUUCCUGAAGUGCAAAAGCCGAGCAUCAAAGAUGCUGAGAAUGUAUCUGAUGAUGAGUUGCCGGGGCCGAAACCUGCAGAACUGCCUGCUGAUACAGAGGUUGUAUCAGAAGAUGAACUACCUGCAUCCAAGAAAGAGUCUAGAAAACGAAAACCAGAUGAAGAGAGAAGUAAUUAUGAUCCAGGAUCACCAACAUCAGAAGGUGAAUCUUCCACAAAAAAACAAGCUAUUACCAAGAACGGCGAAAGCAAGCCCAUACCUGCCGAAAAGAGACCUUCAGUUGAUGAAAAACCUAAAAAGAAAGUUUUACCGGAAUUGGAAAAGUACUGGAAAGUUGUGAACGAUGAUCCAACUGACUUCACUGGGUGGACCUACCUAUUACAAUAUGUCGAUCAAGAGAGCGAUGUUGAAGCUGCACGUGAAGCCUAUGACGCCUUUUUAUCCCACUAUCCUUAUUGCUAUGGAUAUUGGAGAAAGUUUGCAGAUUAUGAAAAACGUAAAGGAAGUAAAAAGAAGUGCUUAGAGGUUUUGGAAAGGGGACUUAAAGCUAUACCUUUAUCCGUAGACCUCUGGAUACAUUACCUCAAUCAUAUAAAAGCGACUAAAACCGAAGAUCAUGCGUACAUCAGAUCUCAGUAUGAACGAGCCAUAGAUGCAUGUGGACUAGAAUUUCGCUCGGAUCGUCUUUGGGAGUCUUACAUCAAAUGGGAAGCGGAAAAUGGUUCCGCUCUCAAUGUCACGAAUAUCUACGAUCGUCUUUUAGCAACACCCACCUUAGGGUACACGUCACACUUCGACAAUUUCCAGGAGCACGUGAUGUCGGAGCCGGUGACCGGCGUGGUGAGCCACGCGGAGCUGGUGCGGCUGCGGGGCGAGGUGCGGGACGCGGCCGGCGCGCAGCCCAGCCUCGACCUGCCGCCCGGGGAGGACGAGCCCGUCGACCAUGUCGCAUCCGAUGAAGAGGCGCAAGCCAUCAAGGAACGGAUUGUUGCAGCUCGAAGAAAAAUUCAUAAAACGACCGGCGAAGAAGUAACUGCGAGGUGGACUUUCGAAGAAGGAAUCAAGCGGCCUUAUUUCCACGUGAAGCCCCUGGAACGUUGCCAGCUAAAGAACUGGAAGGCGUACCUCGAAUGGGAGAAGCACCACGGUUCGUUCAAGCGAGCCCUCGUGCUCCACGAGAGAUGCCUCAUUGCAUGUGCCUUAUAUGAAGAAUUCUGGAUGAAGCUUAUAAAGUUUCUGGAAGAACGUGCUGAACAAGAUCCUGAAGUGAUAGCAAUAGAACGGGAAGUACUAGAGCGAGCCUGCACAGUGCAUCACCUCGACAAGCCAGAGCUCCACCUACACUGGGCACACUUCGAAGAGGUGCAGGGCAAUACACUGAAAGCUGCCGAGAUACUUGAUCGUAUCGAGAAAACCUGUCCCAAUCUCGUACAAAUACAGUAUAGGCGAGUGAACCUCGAGCGACGACGCGGCGACUACGAGAAGUGCUCUCAGCUAUACGAAACGUACAUCAGCACUUCGAAGAACAAGUCGCUGGCGUCUGCGCUCGCCAUCAAGUACGCGCGGUUCCUGCAGCACGUGCGCCGCCAGCCCGCCGCCGCCCGCGCCGCGCUGGACGACGCCGUCGCCAAGGACCCGCUCAACCCGCGCCUGCACCUGCAGAGACUUGACCUCGCCAUCAACACUCCCGGCGUCACCUACGAAGAGUUGGAUGAGCUGGCACAGUCGUACUCGAGACAGGAGGGCGCGGACACGGAGGUGAGCGCGCACAUGGCGUGGCGCCGCCGCGAGCUCGCGGAGGAGCUGGGCAGCGCCGCGCACGCCCGCGCCGCACACGCGCACGCGCGCGCUCUCGCCAAACAUCUCCGCAAGCGCGCCCGCAAAGACAAGCAUGACCCGCCGCCGCCGCCAGCAGUAACUGAUUCUAAGAAAAAAGAGAGUACGGCAACCGCCAAUUCUGUUCCGACGACGAAUGCGAAUUACUACGCGCCGACGACAAACACGCAGUCCUACGACCAGUCGUACACGCAGUCCUACCAGCCGACCUGGGGCUACCAGCAGCCCCCCGGGCCCUACCAACACCACCCCCACGCCUGGCCGCAGUAUCCCAACUACUAUUAGUAAUUUGAAGAACAUUCGUGAUGGACGUACGAAUCAGUACAUACUUUUGAUUUCAGUCACCUUUUUCUCCAUGUAUUAGGUUAGGUUAAGAUUACGUUUACAAUUAACUUUAGAAUGUAGCUACAGGCUUUAGAUAAGAAUUAUAGCUACUAUAUUAGUAAUUAAAAUAAUUUGUUUGGAUAAACGUAUGUUCGUGAAACAUAAUGUAGUUGAGGUCGGAUUUUUUUAUAAAUUAAAAACAUGGAUAUUUGUGACUGAAUUCAAAGGUCCAAAGGGAUAAUGAGCUCAUCAGGCCGACAAAAAACUGUAUCUUGACAUAAAAGUAAAAUAAAUGUAUUUUGUAAGUUUUCUAGAAAUUAAAUGAUUGACAGUGGGUAUUAAUUUAUUUUUCUAUACUUUAAAUAAAAUA